AUGCCUGCACGCAUGUGCAGCGAUGCGCUGGACAGCUGCUGGAGCGUCGAGACGGAUACUCCAGCGACCCAGUCCCUUCUCAGACCGAGUUACGCAAGAGGCGAUCUCAAUCCGCUGCCAGUGAAGCGGGCGGGAAAUUUGCAAACAGACCGGUUUAGCAGCGUGCGGGCGGGCCGUAGCAGCUGGAGCAACAUCAAUGUUGGCGUGGGCAUUAAUCAAGAGUGCUGCACAGUCCGCACAAGCUGUGUGCGUGGGCCGGCGGGCGAAGGAGCAGGCGGCGCUACCGGUUACAUGGACGAGGGCCCGGCAAACCAGAGGACUGGAUCCACGAAGCAGGCUCCGAGUCGGCCAUGCCCUAUCAAACCUCGCGUAGGUUCAGCUGCUGCGUCUUGGGCUGCUGUCGGCGAGGACAGGCCUCUGGCGUCGCCUGCCCCUAGCCUUGCUGGUGAAUGCAGAGUCAAGAACGCCUCAAACAAAUCCUCACUGUGCGUGAAACUCUGCUGGGCCAAUAGAGCCGAGACGGACCGGACUUGUCCUUGCCAGCCCGGCUUGCAGCAGAGCGCAUGCAAGAGGAAGGCUAUCCGGACCAGGUACUGCUGCUGGCCAAUUCUGGACAGUGACGUGUUGCAACAGGCCCGGCUGCGAGCGAGAUUCGACGAUGAGAUGUUAGGUUUUCGUUCUGUGGUCAGCCUUGUCGGUACUGGGGGGCUUCACCGGAUACAGCGCAGAUGGAGACGCCGAUACAGCAACGAUGUGGCAUGUGGUACAAGAGUAAUAACAAAGCAUAGUAAGCUGAGACGAGUGACACAGGAUAUGCCGACGAGGUUCCUCUAUCGGGUCUUGGAACUGCAAGAGGGUGUUUUGACGGGGAGAACAGGAGACAAAACAGGUGCAGAUUUGCUAACCACAAGGAUCGAUAUAUCGCCGGACUGGGAAGCUGGUGGUCCAUGGAGAAGCCCAGAGACAGUGGGGACAACCCUGUGGAUAUUAAUCGCCCGCCGGAUGGCUUCCGCAUUCCCCACGGCCGGCUCCAUCGCUUGUGAUGAAUCAGGACUGCAGGCAGACGGCAGGCGCUGA